AUGGUGUUGCAAGAAGCUCGUGUAUACCCACAGGUAGACGUCGACGAGCUCAUCCGUCUCGCUAGAAACCAGAAGUCCAAGAACGCGCUCGGAUUCAUCAAGAGGAUAGCCAAUGCCUCCUUAGACGAUCCUGUCUCGAAACUGACACCAGAAACAAUCGAACGACUGCGUAAUCCGCCUCAAGAACCCCCGACGCCUCUCACUCCCCUGCAAAAACACAGCAUCAGAAGCUAUUUUGCCCUCGAACACUCCUCGAGGGACACAUUUGAAAAGAUACGAGUGUCGGAAGCCCAGACUUUUGCUGACGCAGAUGGCCUUCUCCACUUUGAGGCUCUCGAGAAACUCAUAACCGAGAUCACUGGUGUUUCAUCUAUUGAGUUCGACAUGUGCUGGGAUACUUGUCUGGCAUUUACUGGCCCCUUCGAGAACGAUCAACGCUGUUCUCAGUGUGGACGACAUCGCUAUGACCAGGACAUUCUCAAGGCCAGUGGAAAACGUGUAUCACGCAAAUUUCAUACGAUUCCCCUUGGUCCGAUUCUCCAGGCGCUCUUUCGAGAUCGACAGACAGCCGAAGAUCUCAGCUAUCGCGUCAGGAAGACUCACGAGGUCCUCGAAGACGCGAUUCGAAACGGGAGGAUUAUUCAAAAUUUUGAUGAUUAUAUCUGUGGCACUGACUAUAUACAAUCUCUGAUCGAGCAGAAGAUCACCGACGAUGACAUCGUCGUUAUGGCCUCUCUCGAUGGCGCCCAGCUCCUCAAAACUAGAGGUUCAGACUGCUGGAUGUAUAUAUGGGUUAUACUCGAGUUCUCGCCCGACAAGCGCUACAAGAAAACUCACGUUUUCCCCGGUGGUUUCAUUCCUGGUCCCAAGAACCCUCGUAACGUCGACUCGUUUCUUUUUCCCGGGUAUCAUCAUGUCUCAGCCCUUCAGAGGGAAGGUCUCGGCAUCUGGAACGCAUCGCAGCAACGUGGAUACAAAUCGCACAUCCACCACUUCCUCGCCACUGCUGACGGACCCGGACUCACAUACUUCAACGGAAUGUGCGGUCACUGCGGCAAAAACGGGUGCCGCAUGUACUGUGGGGUUCUCGGGCGACGCAAAACUCACGGCAAGAAUUAUUAUCCAGCGCUCUCCCGCCCAGAUCUGCCGUACGAUUUACCAGGAUCAAAUCACGCUGAUAUAUCUGUCUACGACCUCCCACCCACAGCGUCGACGGACUACUACGACAAUCUGAAGAAGAUUGUCUCGGCCAAAGGGAUCACAGCAUACGACAGGGCUAGAAGGGACACAGGGCUAACUAAGCCCAGCAUACUGCUCGGUCUACACCCCAAGCACACCCUCCAGGUUCCUCGCUGCCUCGCACCCGAUCAAAUGCAUCUAGUCGGCCUACUAGCUAAUCUCUUCGUCGAACUCUGGAGAGGCGAGAUCGACCACGGCCUGCACGAUCACCCCGAGACAUGGCCCUUCGCAGUUCUACGCGACGAGAACGUCUGGGCAGCUCACGGUCUCGACGUUGAGAUGCUCGGCAUGUAUAUUCCUGGUCUUUUCGAUCACAAGGCCCGCAACAUCCAGCAAGAGCUAACGUCGGGCUACAGGACUUUUGAAUUUGAGAUCUGGUUGCUCGGCUACGUCUCCGCGCUCAUGUACGAGCUCCUGCCCCUCGAGUACUGGAUGAAUAUAUGCAAGCUUAUCCGAGGUUUCCGAAUCAUCAGCCAACAUUCUAUUUCUCUGGAUGAACUACUCGAGGCCCAGCGCUGCUUUAUGUCAUUCUACGAAGAGUACGAGCGCCUCUACUAUCAAAAACGAGAAGACCGCCUCCAUUUUAUUCGUCAUAGUAUUCAUCAGGUAACGCACUUGGUCGACGAGACGAUCGCAAAGGGGCCGCCUAUCUGCUACGCUCAGUGGACUAUGGAACGGACUAUAGGGAACCUCGGCCGCGAGAUCAGACAGCCCUCGAAUCCGUACGAGAACUACUCACGAGAAGGCGUCAGACGGUGCGCUAAAAAUGGUCUCAAGGCGAUGUUUCCCGAGCUAGAUCCUCCCCCGACGAUGUCCUCGCUGGCUGAAGACGUCGGGGACGGCUAUUUUCUACUGAGAGCGCGAGACCGCUACCGUAUGUUUCCGACAGGGUCCGCGCACACUGCCUUAGCACGUUACAUGGGUCGGGAGCCGCAUCGCCUUCGCAGAUGGGCCCGACUACACUUACCCAACGGUCAGAUCACCCGGUCGGCGUGGCGAGAGAAUGCCACGCAGCGAGCGCAGCUUCGGAUAGCUCGCAAUAUCAAGUACGAACACGAAGGCCGACUACAUAUUGGAGAAGUAAUCUACUACACACAAAUCGACAUGGCGCCUCCCUCUGACGACCUGGAUGCUCCAGAAGACGUUCGCACAGUCGCGGUGAUCUGGAAAUACUCCGAACCCGAUCCCGACCUCCUUCGCAUGUCCUCACAGACACUAUGGACCUGUCGCCAUCUGGGUGAAGAAUCCGCGACCGUAAUCGAUGUCCGUCAAAUAAAAUCGCUCAUUGCAAUGCCGCCGCACUGUCCCACCAUCCCCAGCACCAGACUUGCCGAAGACCGCUUUUUCCUCGUAGAAAAACCUGGAUUUGAUGUCGCUACUUACAUAGGUGACCCCACAGACCUUCAGAAUGACGACCCAGGAGGAGACGAUAUCGAACUAUAG